UUGAAGCACUACGGACAUAUUUUGAUGUAACACAAAACACUCACUCGGGGCUCAAAGUGUCCCUUGACGACAUGUGUAUGCAGAAACGUACUUCACGUGAUCCUUCAAACAUUCUCUAUAGUGGUUGUAGAAGAAGGAUUUCCUUGAGAUCCUUCUAGCUGCUUCUGAAUCAUGAGUGGCUCCAAGCCGGAUAUCUUGUGGUCCCCCCACCACCCGGACCGAUACGUCAUCUGCGACUCUGAACUGGGACUGUAUCGCAUAGGACCUGCGGGGAGUGCCGAAACCAAAGUUGGAACUCUCCCUCUCUCUGAAGAAACUGCUGCUACAUUACUCGCCAUAAACUCUGACACCCCUUAUAUGAAAUGUGUGGCCUGGUAUCCAAAGCACGAGCCUGAGUGUUUGCUCGCUGUGGGCCAAGCUAAUGGCCGAGUGGUGCUCACCAGUCUUGGUCAGAGCCACAACUCCACGUGUAAAGAGCUGGUGGGAAAGGAGUUUGUACCCAAGCACGCUCGCCAAUGCAACACUUUAGCGUGGAACCCGGUGGACAGCAACCUGCUGGCUGCCGGGCUGGACAAACACAGGGCGGACUUCUCUGUCCUCAUAUGGGACAUCAGCAGUAAGUUCUCCCCAGAGGCGAGCGUCACUGCAGAGAAGAUCCGUCUCUCGUCUGUGGACUUGGACUCGAGCUCGGUUGUGACCAAACCGUUGUACGAGUUAGGCCAGAAUGAUGCUUGCUUGUCCCUCUGCUGGCUGCUUCGUGACCCCAAGCUGCUGUUGGCUGGUAUGCACAGAAACCUUGCAAUAUUUGACCUCAGAAACACCAGCCAGAAAACCUUUGUCAACACCAAGGCGAUCCAGGGGGUGACGGUAGACCCGCACUUCCAUGACCGGGUGGCUUCUUUCUUUGAGGGCCAGGUGGCCAUCUGGGACCUGAGGAAGUUUGAGAAGCCUGUGCUCACACUAACUGAGCAGCCAAAGCCUCUCACUAAGGUGGCUUGGUGUCCAACCCGAACAGGCCUCCUGGCUACACUCACUCGAGACAGCAACAUCAUCCGUCUGUACGACAUGCAGCACACUCCCACGCCCAUCGGGGACGAGACAGAGCCCACCAUCAUCGAGAGAAGCGUGCAGCCCUGUGAGAGUCAGAUCGGCAGCUUCGCCUGGCACCCGUCCUCCCAGAACCGCAUGGUGGUGGUGUCCGCGGCUAAUCGGGUCAUGACUGACUUCACCGUGUUUGAGCGCAUCUCGCUGGCCUGGAGCUCCACCACGUCGCUCAUGUGGGCGUGCGGCAGACACCUGUAUGACUGCGUGGAGGACGGGGCCGAAGGGGUGGAGAGCGCGAUCGAGAAGGACAUCGCCACCAAGAUGAGGCAGAGGGCUCAGUCCAGGUACGGACAUGAUACCGUGCAGGUGUGGAGGAACCACCUGCUGGCAGGAGGACAUGAUCCCCUGCUCAAGUCUCUGUGGUUUGACCUUUUCUAUAUGAAGCAGUGUGCAGAGGACUUGGAGCUGAAAUUACAGGGGAACAAACAGUCUGUGGUCUACUCUGGUAUCAAGAACAUUAUAAAGACCAGCUCAGGCACAACAGAGAGCCGCCGGUGCUGGAGCGGUUCAGACCGUCAGACAGAUGUACCGCGAUACCUCAGCGAGGAGCGCUUCCUCGCCUUGCGGCUUUGUGGCUGGAUCGGCCGGGGUCCGGACAUCGACGUGGAGAUUUUCCUGCGAUCUCUGGAGCAGGAGCGAGAGUGGGAGCGGGCAGCUGCCGUGGCUCUGUUCAACCUGGACAUCCGCCGGGCGAUCCAAAUCCUCAACAAGGGAGCCUCUGCUGAGAAGGGUGACCUGAACCUGAAUGUAGUUGCCAUGGCUCUGUCCGGCUACACAGACGAGAAGUCCUCCCUGUGGAGAGAGAUGUGCAGCUCGCUGAGGCUGCAGCUGAAGAACCCCUACCUGUGUGUCAUGUUUGCCUUUCUCACCAGUGAGCCUGGAGCCUACGAUGGCGUGCUGUAUGAGAGCAGUGUUGCUGUGCGGGACCGUGUUGCCUUUGCCUGUAUGUUUCUCAGUGACGCCCAGCUGCCUCGGUACAUCGACAAACUCACCAAUGAGAUGAAGGAGGCGGGAAACCUGGAGGGCAUCCUGCUGACGGGGUUGACUAAAGAUGGUGUGGACCUCAUGGAGAGCUACGUGGACCGCACAGGAGAUGUACAGACUGCCAGCUUCUGCAUGCUGAAGGGUUCCCCAGGAGACGUGUUGAAAGACCCUCGAGUCCAGUGCUGGAUCGAGAACUACCGCAACCUGCUGGACGCGUGGAGAUUCUGGCACAAACGAGCCGAGUUUGACAUCCACAGAGGAAAACUGGACCCCAGCUCCAAACCGAUGGCUCAGGUGUUUGUGAGCUGCAACUUCUGUGGGAAGCCCAUCUCCUACAGCUGCUCCUUGAUGCCUCACCAGGGCCGCGGCUUCAGCCAGUACGGUGUCAGCGGCUCGCCCACCAAGUCCAAAGUCACAAGUUGCCCCAGCUGCAGGAAGCCCCUGCCUCGCUGUGCCCUCUGCCUCAUGAACAUGGGCACACCGGUUUCUAAUUGCCCAGGAACAGGGAAGUCAGAUGAGAAGAUGGACCUGACAAGGGAGAACAAACUCGCUCAGUUCAACAACUGGUUCACCUGGUGUCACAACUGUCGACAUGGGGGCCAUGCAGGCCACAUGCUCAGCUGGUUCAGAGACCACACAGAGUGCCCAGUGUCGGCUUGCACGUGUAAAUGCAUGCAGCUGGACACCACAGGGAACCUGGUGCCUUCAGACAGCAGCUAAACAGGAGACGCCUGUCGGAAACUGAAGCCAAACACCAGCAUGAAGCCAGCCAGCGCAGGUUGACUGCUGCACCCGCCACACCGACAACUGGCCAAGGGACGAGGGGUGCCAGCAGCAUCCUCCUCUGGAGCUGCUGCUUGAAAAGAAUGACUUACUGUUAAGUUAUAGUCUAGUGAAUGUAACGUUUGUAACAGAGCCCUAUAUGAAGAAGGGAGGCAGUGUGUGUUACUGAUCUCACUAACUGAAUCAAUGACAGAAAGGGAGCAAAUGCAAACUCACUGCUCUGCUAAUGAGAAUCCCACUCAGGAGAAAUACAAGAGGCUCUGCUGUAAUCAGCCUCUGAAAUCUAACCUGAAUCAGGCUUAUAGUUUUAUGUAACCUAUCAAAGAAGAUAAAUCCAAUGUUCACUCACACAUCAGGUUGUAAAGAUGUGAUCACAGGUGCCAAUAUGUCUAUUUUGUGGCUUGCGUUUUAAUAUUUAACGUCUUUUGUUUGUCUUACUAAAGGAUCUUCACAUACCUCAUGAAAGUGUUGUUCAGGGGAUGAAGGACAGUCACCCGGGGUGACAGGGCGAAGUAACGCACAAUAACAACACUCUCUUGCUCUCUU